AUGGGUGAGGGGGAUGCUGAUGCAACUGUAACGCAUACGGUUCCAGCAAAGUCACCUGCAACUGCUAACUCAGAAGUGGUGGCGGUUCGACAUGUUGACCCCGUCGAUCGAUACGCAGCUCUUAUUGUCAGAGGUGCAAUUGUUGGUGUGGGAUUAGCAGGUGUUGUAUUGUUCCUUCGCAAUUCUCGAUUGUUUGCGAGAUUCGAACAUGCCGCUCAAAUCCCCGAAGACUUUGUCCGGAAGGAACUCGAGUUGAAAGGGACUGUACGCGAGAUAUUGCCAUCCGGUGAACUUCGUGUUGAACAUAUUCCUAUCGUGAAACUACCGUCAUUUUUGGGUCGAAAGAGGCCUCCCAAGGGCCUCUUGAAUAUUCGCCUUGCUGGUGUCGAUCUAUCUACUGCUGGACAACAAUUUAUCUCCAAAGAUUUACGCCUUAUGAACAAGCCCAUCACCUUCACUGUCAUAAAGGGUACCGAUGGCGCAUCAAAUUCUAUCGAUGCCGAUGUUACGGUGAAAAAAAAUACCUUUUCACGCACGAAUCUGAAUAUCGAAGUAGUUCGACGUGGAUAUGCUCGUGUGCCACCGCCUGAGUCACCACGGCAUUUGAAAGCGUUGCAGACGAUUCCUGCCUAUUCAAGGCUGGUCAACAGACUGCUCAUGAGCGAAAAGGUAGCCGAUCGGCGUGGCGUUGGAUUAUGGGAACGCGAUUCGUGGGUCGAGUCUGUGCAGUCAUAUCCAUCACAACUAGGACAGAUCGUUCGUGGUGCACCUAUUACCAAGUUUAUAGUGCUGGUGUUCAAUGUGACUAAAGAUGUACUUCUGUAUGGUGUGAAGCUGACGCAACAGACUUACGCCGUGUUGUUGGCUGCGUGCGCUCAUAUCGCCUACGGAUAUCGACGCUUUGCGGCGGGAGUCGAUCGUCUUACGGACAAGUACAACAAAAUACGACAGCGACUGAAGUGA